AUGGCUUCAGGAAACUGGACGAGAAUAAGCGAGUUUGUCCUCAUGAGCUUCUCUUCUCUACCUACUGAAAUCCAGUCAGUGCUCUUCCUGGUGUUUCUGACCAUCUACCUGGCCACGCUGAUGGGAAACAGCCUCAUCAUUCUGGUUACCUUAGCUGACCCCAUGCUUCAAAGCCCCAUGUACUUCUUCCUCAGGAACUUGUCCUUCCUGGAGAUUGGCUUCAACCUAGUGAUUGUGCCCAAAAUGCUGGGGACCCUCAUCGCCCAGGACACAACCAUCUCCUUCCUUGGCUGUGCCACUCAGAUGUAUUUCUUCUUCUUCUUCGGGGUGGCUGAAUGCUUCCUCCUGGCCACCAUGGCCUAUGACCGUUAUGUCGCCAUCUGCAGUCCCUUGCUUUACCCGGUCAUCAUGAGCCAAGGGACACAGGCCAAGCUGGCUGCUGCCUCCUGGUUUCCAGGAUUUCCUGUGGCCACUGUGCAGACCACGUGGCUUUUCAGCUUUCCCUUCUGUGCCACCAACAAGGUGAACCACUUCUUCUGUGACAGCCCGCCGGUGCUGAGGCUGGUCUGCGCAGACACCGCGCUCUUUGAGAUCUACGCCAUCGUCGGGACCGUUCUGGUGGUCAUGACACCCUGCCUGCUGAUCCUCUGCUCCUACACGCGCAUUGCUGCUGCCAUCCUCAAGAUCCCCUCAGCUAAAGGGAGGCAUAAAGCCUUCUCCACCUGCUCCUCACACCUCCUGGUGGUUUCCCUUUUCUACGUGUCUUCAAGCCUCACCUAUUUUCGGCCUAAAUCGAAUAAUUCCCCCGAAAGUAAGAAAUUGCUGUCAUUGUCCUACACUGUCGUGACUCCCAUGUUGAACCCAAUCAUCUACAGCCUGAGGAACCAUGAGGUGAAGAACGCCCUCAGCCGGACCUUCCACAAGGCCCUAGCCCUCAGAAACCACAUCACAUAG